UUCAACUUUGUCUGAAAAAAAAAAAAAGAUAGUAAGGUUGUCUCAGUGGUGUCUGACAUCCCCAGAGUAAAGACAAGACCGAAAAGAAAACCGAGAAGCAGGACAGCGGGGAGAAGUGGAUGUAUUUCCAGCCAUGGAUGUAACAGUUUACCCGCCUCCUCCUCAGUCUCUGGCCGCAUCAGACCACACCAGGCUGGGGCAGCUCUCCUACAACGACCCGGCCUUUGGGACCAACAAGUUGGAAGGGGACACCAUGUUCCUGGGUAUGCCAGAAGCCGGCCUUGACUUUGCUUCAGCCAAUCAGAGAAGUGCUGCACUGCUCUGUGGGGUUAUUGAGCUCUUUGUGUGGAUUGCCACAGGGCUUUCGUGUGCCGCAGCCCCCCUCACCCUCUCAGCAAGGCGACGCCUCACAACCCCGCCCUCACAGCACUGGAGGAGGGACACGCACAUGGCCGACACACACCGUCUGCCUUGGUCAUAUUCAGUGGGUGGUUUGGGCGAUGAGGACUUCAACAUCCCACCCAUCACUCCCCCCACCCUGCCAGACCACAUGCUGCCCCCCCACCUCCCACAUGAUUCCCCCUCUGGACCGUACCACCCUCUGGACAACCCCUCCAGCUCAGCUCCACACCACCCCUACCAGAUGCAGGGUAUGGAUCUGCCCCGCAUGCCCGGUAACCAAGAUAGAGCUGGUAUGAUGAACCAAGAUGGAGGCACAUUCAGCCCUGAUGGUGGCCCAAUGGCCAGCACUCUGUCUGUGAUGCAGCAGAUGGUGAACUCUGAUUCUCGGUUUACCAGCAGCCAACAGCCAAUCGAAGCUGCCCUCGGACCCAGGAGCAAAUCAGGCAUGAACCAACAGAGUCAGUUGUCCACGAUCAACCAAUCCCAGCUGGGACUGAGCGGGACCUCUGUCACCCAUAGUUCUCCAUCACCUCCCGCUAGUAAAUCUGCUACACCCUCUCCCUCCAGUUCAGCACACGAGGACGACAACGAUGACGGACUCAGGGUAUAA